CUUCGAGUUUCCGACCGGGAUAGACUCACGGACACUUACAAAGAUGGCUGCCGCCUGGACUUCAUGAAAUGAAAAAGCAUUGUAAUGUAUUUUCAUUAUCCCUACGAAGAGGCGUGGAAAACUAAUUCUGCAGCUAUAAUACUGCAGAUUACCAUUCAGAAUAAAAAAUCAAGCGGAUCACACGGUUUCUUUCCAGGAUGUUUGCAAAACCGUUUCGUGUCAAGUCCAACACGGUGAUCAAAGGAUCUGACAGGAGGAAGCUCAAAACAGAUGUCUCAAAUGCCUUACCAACGCUUUCGGCCGAGGACCUAAAUGAACUUAUCCCGAGCAAGGAAGAGCUGAAUGUGGUCAAGAUAUACGCACACAAAGGAGAUGCUGUCACUUUGUACGUCCUUCACAAAAAUCCAAUAUUUUUCGAACACGAAAAGCGGCUCUACCCCACAGUAUACACUCUUUGGCGGCAUCCAGAUCUCUUACCAACUUUCAUAACAUGGCCUGCAGUUCUGCAGAAAUUAGCAGGAGGGGCGGACCUCAUGUUGCCAGGAGUGGUAGUUCCACCCACAGGACUACCACAGGUCAGAAAGGGGGAGUGCUGUGCUGUUUCCGUGGUAAAGAACAGGGCACCCGUCGCCGUGGGAACCGCCACCAUGUCCACCUCGGAGAUGUGCGGCCUUGGCAUGAAAGGCAGGGGUGUGUCCGUCCUGCACACCUACACGGACAGCCUGUGGGCGUUUGGGGACAAGGCGGGACCCCCCUCUAUUCUGCCCGUAGAAGGCGAGGUGUGCGAUGAAGGGGACAAGGAGGGUGAAGGAAAGGACAUCGGGGAGUGUGAAGGGGAACAUGAAGGGGAACAUGAAGGAGACCUGCCUACAGACCACCUCUCCCCAAAUCUGCAGGAGCUCAGUCUAACGCCAGGGGAGGGGGUAGAAGAGGACGGAGAAAGGGAGGAGACGGUUGAGAAGGUUGAGAAGGAGGAGCAGGAGGAUGGAGAUGAUGACAUGGGAGAGGAGGACAGCAGAUCUCCGCAAGAGCAGAUGGACGCCCUGCUUCUCCAGUGCUUCCUUCACGCUCUGAAGAGUAAGGUGAAGAAGUCAGAGCUCCCCCUGCUGACUAGCACCUUCCUGCGCAACCACAUGAUCGCCUGCUGCCCUAUCGGGAAACAGUUGGACCUUAAGAAGUCCAGUUAUAAAAAGCUCUCUAAGUUUCUGCAGUGUAUGCAGCAGCAGCAUCACCUGCUCCAGGUGAAGGAGCUCAGUAAAGGAGUGGAGAGCAUCGUGGCAGUGGAGUGGAAGAACCGAGAGCUGCGCCAUUUCUCCCCACCAGAGGAUGGUCUGAAGGAGGAAGGCACUGCAGAGAGCAAUGGGGAGUCUGACCGGCCGUACCAUCCUCCCGAAAUCACCUCCCUCUACUCCGUCUCUGCCCGGCUCCAGCCUCUCUUCGCGGAUUCCCAGAAGAGGAAGGGGGCAGUGCUCUCUCCAAGCGAGAUGAGAACCAUCCUCACAGACUAUGUGAAGAAGAACGAGCUAGUCGAUGAGAUAAACAAGAACUAUGUCACCAUCAACCCUAUCCUCUGUGACUGCCUGCUGGAGAAGUCAGAGUACCAGGAGGUGGAGAAACUCAAGUGGGACGACCUCUUUUCCAGAACACUGGACAGAAUGCAGCACUGCCACCAGCUGGUGUUUCCAGGGCAGGAGCCGGUCAUUAGAAAGGGUCACAUUGAGCCCAUUGACUUCUCUGUGGCCUCCAGGGGCUCCAACAAGAAGGUGACUCUGAUAAAGAACCUGGAGCUGUAUGGUCUGGACCCUGCAGCCAUCGCUGUGGCCCUGCAGCACCGGGUCCAGGCCAGCACCGUCCUCCAGCCCAUACCGGGCUCCAAGGACCGAGUCAUGAUCCAGAUCCAGGGGAACCAGGUCCAGCAAGCCGGGAAAAUGCUGCUCGAUCAGUACCAAAUUCCACGCAAGUACGUCCAAGGACUGGAUAAAGUACAGAAACCAGGCAAGAAGAAAUAAAAGGAAACAUCUGACCGUGUCACCAGCUACUGUAUAGACUUGUAAACAAGAAAAAAGCCUGUUAAUACCUGGCAACAAAUAAAGUAAAUUUUUCUUUUGCAAA